ACCAGAUGUGGGCCCUCCGUUCAGACGUCUUUUUACGCCUGCUACGUUAGGUUAGAAUAGAGUGUCCGAUAUAAAGCGCACUCCGCGCCUCUGAGCACCUCGUUCUAUUCUACAGGAUACAGGGGAGCUGCGCGUAAUAUUAGAUCAUCACUCACAGAGUGUAGUCUAGCGUGCAGGAGGGGAUGAGGGAGGACAGAGGGGUUUGCAUGAGAGAACUGAAUCAAUAAACUGCUGCGGAGCUAUUAUAUUUGACUGCAACAACUGAGUGACUAUAUGUCACAUUGGUGCUGCGCAUUUGCACACAAGCCCAUGGAGUACAGUCCUGUCGGACAGUUUGAUGAGAAGUCACUGGUCCUGUAGCGCUCCCCCAUCACUGCCACAGAAUUAAGUUUCAUAGAAGCUGCAAUCGAGACCCGCAGUUGCCUGCCAUGGGUGCUAUUUUGGCUUUGAUUCUGGCGACCUGUUUGAGCGGAGUUUGGGGAUGCCAGUUGCCCCAUGACUGGAGACCACAGACGGAGGCGUGCCGCGCAGAGCUCGCAGAGAUUAUCGUUUUCGCCAAGGUGCUUGCGCUGCACAAGGACUCAUACAGUGUGUACAACUACUUACCUUGGCAGUAUGACACAGACCUCUUCUUCUCUGCCGAGAUCGAGCUGCAAUGCGACCAGGCGUGGGGCAGCAUGCUGGAGGUCCCUGCUGGUUCCCGGUUCAAUGUCACCGGGCUGGGUUACUUCCCCUGUUACUCCUAUAGCGCAGUGGAGAACAACUCUUACUAUUUCUUUUUGAGGAUGGAUGAGAACUACAGCAUUAUCCCCCACGGGGUUAACUUCCAAGACCCAAUCUUCCCAGACACACCAGAGAACCACCGCAUGUUCGCCAGCCUCUUCCAGUUCUCCAACUGCACGGCCGGAACCAUGGUCCACACCUACACCCCAGAGUGGGAGGCUCAGGAGGACAGCCGGCUGCUAUGUUCAACAGUGCAGAAGGCCCUGUUUGAGGAGGAGGAGAGGGUGAAGACUCUCUCCCAGAAGGUGCGAUCUUUGGAGAAGGCCAACAGCCACCUGCGGGACAAGGUGAAGAACAUGAAGCGCCUCCUACGCCAGGCCAAACGAGACACUAAGGACCAGCAGACCCUCCCCCUGAAACAGCUGCACCACGCCAAGCCCUCCCACCCACACCAAGACACCACACAGGACCAGAAGAGACCCGCACUCAAAAAGAUCCUCACCAAGAUGAUAAAAAACUGAACCCUAACCAGCCGCCACCACCAGCUGUUGCACUGCAGACAUGAACAGGCUGUAUAAAAGGACAUAAGGAUUGUAUAGUAUGUGACAUCAUGGGAAAGAUAGGUAUGCUAAAGAUAGGUACUGUAUGUAAUACUGUAUCAUGUCACAAGUUAAGGAGAUAGAGGAUUUGCAUACCCUUAAUGUGAUGCAGACUAGUCACACCUUUAGAAGAAAGUGCUUUGAGCAAAUCAAAAAUGUUUUGUAUUCUUCAGAAUUUUCAUAUUUUUCUGUACAUUAAUAUAAUGCUAUAGAAUAGCCUUCAACAUUUCUAAAUAUGAAUGCAGUCAUUUCACACCUAUUUCACACACUUUUUUUAGAUCUAAUUGAAAUGCCUACACUACAAUGUGAUAAGCAUUUCUUGUCAUAGCAAUAACAUUGUGUCACUGUCCUUACCACAGAAAGAGUAGCAGGACAAUUUGAGGGGAACGUUGGCUUGGAUCAAAUGUGAUUUCCAACCACAGACUGAGACAGUGCUCAUGCUUCAUUAUGACUCACUGGUUAUACAACUGCUUCCUUACAAAAAUGCAUGCUGGGGGAUAUAUGGUAAUCACAAAUUCCCCAUCUCAUACAACCGGGUCCUUCCUAACCCCAUAUCUAAUCCCAACCUCGCUCCCAUAUCCCCCCUUUCCUAGUUCCCCUCACCUCAAUACCAUAUAGUAGAGAUCCGUGCUGCUCUAUGAAGUCUUAUCCUGUGAGGAUAUAAUAUUGACAACUGAACAAAUUGUAAAUAGCUCAACGCUGGUCCCAGCUCAAUUAGGUCAAUAAAGUCUCACCCUGUCAUUUCUACCCACCUCGCACAUCCCUAACAUGCCCAGGCCUUCCUGCUGGCAGGUUUUUCCCCAGAGUGGAGUUCCAUGCCAUUUCAAUGCCAGGUGAAAUGCUGUCGUAGUAGCUGACACCUUUUGGAGAACUAGUGGGAAAGUCAAGGCAAGGGCUACAGGUGUGAUGCCAAUACCAUGCCAGGGACCUCACACUGCUGACUUGAGGAUGCUGAACUUAAACCAGUCAUAGGCCUGCUGGCUAAGAACACCUGCUUCACCUUUUACAUUGUGUUACAUGUAAAAGGUUAAUUCUAUCCUUAACAACUGAUGAUGGAUCAGAUCCAGAGUCACAGAGUACUAGCCUCGUAAAUACCGGACUGAUAUCCAUACAGCAACAUUUGUGUAAGCUCACAGGAUCAGGCGGCUUUGCGAGGCUAACAGAGUACAGGGAGUUUGAUUUAAUGACAACACAGGCAAUAGUCUGCUGAACUCUUAAUAUCUAUGGCUCUGAUCAGCCCUUCCCUCAGCAGUCCCAGCCAUAACCAUUUCACACCAAACAACAAGAGCUGCCUUGGACCAGUUAGGACAGAAUGUACGGAACCCUCCUUUUUUUUUAACACAGCACACCCAACACUGUCACUGUACUUACAGGAAACCAAUUUUCAGGACCGAGGGUUGUAAACACAGGGAUAGUGUAUUGUUGGCCAUAAGAACAGGUAAACACACUCCUCAUCUUAUAUUAAAUAAUAUUAAUAUGAUAUUAACAAACAUGCCCAGACUCUUAUUAGCAAGGAUACCUAGGGGUUUUAAAUUCAGUUGAAAUCCCCAAAAUUCUGUUCAAAUUCAGCUAUUUUUAUAUGGGAAUUAUUAACCAAGAAUAACUACAAGGACUUCCACAUUUAUUGUUAAUUUGUUUAAGAUUCCAGCUUUUUGUGGAUAGUUUUAUACAGUUACAGUAUACUGAGGGAAAAUUUUGUUUUUAUGUUGGAAAACAGGGUGCUGAGCACUCAAUAAAUACAACCACUAGCCAAUGAGGCAUGAUGGGGUACCGUAAAAUCUUUUCCUGUGUCCGAACUGAGAGGCAUCCCUAGUCUCCUACUAUGUUUUGUACUUGGCUUGUAUGUUUAUUUCCUUUUCAAACAAUAAGCAUCUGGUUGCCUUUAACCUUUAAUUCAUGUAUGAUAGCAAAUAAUGACAAAAAUAAACUUUCAUUUUUACAAAGUU